AAGAAGAAGAAGAAGAAGAAGAAGAAGAAGCCGACUCCGAGCUGUCCGACUUCAGGCGAGCUUUUUGAGACCUCCCCCGGCUGCUAUCGGCUAUUCUCGUCUACUUUCGAGGCGAGCCGCAACUCGUCUCAAACAAGCCUAAAAUCAGUUGAACGUUUCUGUGACUCCGCCCAGCUGCUGCUCUUCUGAGAGGCACAGCUCUAUCUACUGGGAAACGCGCUAAAAGUCCUUCUGGAGGCUUUGCAUUUGAACUCCUAUGACUGGUUGCGGACUUGAAGGGAACGACUUCCUGACCUUCCUCACAUCCAGGAAAAGUUUUAUUGGACAGUAGAGAUCUACUGGAAACAGUGGAGAGGGAGGAGAUGAUAUGCAGCAAAAGGCCGAGCCGGAUGGUUGCUGCUCCAUGUGGAACGUGUUCUAUCAGGUUCAACAUCUACCAAUGGUUGUACAUGACACCACCUCUUUGCUGUCCUACUAGACAACCCUCCUGAUCAGAGCCUUUCCUAAAUAGUGCCAGAAAGGCUCGCUUCAUGAAAAAACAGAAGAAAAUUCAGAACACCUGGACAACAAGUACUGGUCAUCAGAAACAUGGAGGAUCUGGAUAAAUACCAAUAAUCUUCAUGUUCUGGACCACACAUAAGGUUUUUCACCUGCAUAAAGUGAACUUGCCAAUCAAAAUAAAAAGUAUUGAAAAGAAGCUGUGUCACUGGAGUGAAAUCCUGUUCCCAAAGUCCGGUAGACGCCUCAUCCCUUUCAAGUGGGGAAUACACACAAAAAGCCCAGGAAACUUGACAGUGAAAAACCGGAAGACCAGGAACUGGAAGAACUCCUGAGACGCUGGACUACAACUCAAGCAGACACCUGAGACCUAAUCAUCCAAGGUUCCUCGUUCUUGGAUCACACCACUCCCAAGGCAAAAAGGGGAAAUCAUGGCGGAUCAAGCGAGAGGAAAGGCUGUGGAGCAACUAAAGGUGGAAAGGACGACGGCAAAGCGGUUAGCCUCUCGACUGGCCAACACCAUAACCAGGACUUAUAACGACAUGUCUGAAGAAGAACUCAGAGACAGUUUCAAGAAAUUCACUAAAGAAGUUGAAAAAGUCAUGGAAGCAAAUGACGACUUGGAAGCUGGGUUCAUUGCAGAGCUGGACACAGCUGAAGAAGCUGAGUUAACGAGUCAGCAAAAAGACGACCUACAAGAAACUGCAGAGGAGAGCAUGCGGAAGCUUGAGGAGUUGAAGAGACUUAUUCAAGAAGCUCUGUGGACUAACUUUGGAGAACAUGAAUUGUCAGUAGCUCUUCAUGCGGCGGAGGCUGAAGGUGAACGUGCUGCUGCGGCAGAGCCUGGUGGUAAUCUGGAGGCCUAUGACUUCACACUCAACCAUCUGAAAGAGCUUAUGAGGACUGCAAAAGAAGUGCACAGUCGGUGGAGGCAGGGGAUCCCUCCAGAAAUGCGGGAGGACCUGCAAAGCCAGCUACGGGGGUUUGAACUCCAUUUCCCAAGAUUGUUCUCCAGAAAGGCAGACUUAAUUCAGGCAAAAAUGAAGGAGGACACUGAAGGAAUGAAGACGGCUACUUCAGCCAGAUAUCCUGUGGCAUCCAUUAAAUGAAAGCCAACAGCACUUCCCAAGUUCAGUGGCAACAGACACGAAUUCCACAGAUGGAGGAUGGAUUGGGAGGCACUUCAGAAGCAAGGUGAGCCUACUGGAUCAAGAGAGGUGAAAAAGAUCCAACUGCUGGACAGUCUUGAAGACAGAAUGACAAGAGAUCUUCGCCUCACUGCCUACAACACUGCAGAUGAUAUCUUCCGUGUCCUAGAGAACCGCUAUGGGAAUCACACAUCCAUCGCCAUCGAAAUAGUGGAGGAGUUACAGAAGAUGACAGCUGUCAGAGGAGAUCAGCCACGUAAAAUUGUGGAAUUGAUCCAAACUGUUGAAAAAGCUCUUCAAGAUUUGAGUGACCUUGGAGACACAGGGGCUAUAAAAAAUCCACUAGUAACCAAAUCCAUUGAGAGUAAACUCCCAGAUACCCUCAAGAAAGAAUGGCUUGUCUAUGCCACUGAGAGAAAACGUUCUGGUCCGACACAGAAUCGCUUUGACUGUCUCCUGACUUUCCUUAAAGAGCAAGAGAGCAUAUAUGAGCAGCUCGAGGAACUGAGGGUAGAGGAACCAUGCAGGAUGGAGGCCAAGGCUGAUCCAAGGCAUGCCAGGACCAAGUCUACCAAAAUGACCGAUGACCAGGCAGCGUGUGUAAUCUGUGGAGACGAGAAACACAGGAGAAAGCUCUACUUCUGCAGAAAGUUUAGAGCGCUGGAGCUAACGGAGAAGAAGAGUGCAGUGAGGAAGCUGGGAGCAUGCAGGAGAUGUCUUGAGGUCCAUGAUGGAAGCUCAUACUGCAAACCUGGCUUUCUGUGUAAGAAUCAAGACUGCAGGAAUGAGCAUGUUCCCGACCAUCACUUCUACCUAUGUCCCAAGGCCAGGAGAAGCCAAGCAAGUCAGAAUAAAAGCGGACCUGGUUCAGAGGGAAAUAAAGACGGGAGGAGAUGUACAGAGUACCAAGAAGAUCUCCUCAACAAGCUACCUCCGGAAUUGGCGAAACAGUGUCGGGAUGUGUUCUCAAAUGCUGCGUCAAGAACCCUCAGCAAUAGAAAAGACCAGUUAGGACUUCUAGAGGAGAGUGGAUUAAAGGAACCACCGGUGCUGAUGAUGCUUCUUGAAGUCACAGCCAAUGCUGGACAAAAAGUUGGGACAUUAAUUGAUUUGGCCUCCGACACGAACUAUAUAGCCCACAAGGCUGCAAAGAAACUGAACCUGAGUGAAGAAAUCACGCUUGUCAUCCAUGGAAUUGGAGGGAUGAAGGUUUUCGUGGAGACCCGAAGAUACCUUCUAAAGAUCAGAGUGAAUACUCCCAAGGGCACCCUCAAAUCACAUCAAUUUGUUUGUUAUGGUCUGGACAGCAUAGCAGAUGUUCAGGGAAGUGUAACUCCAGAGCAACUGCAAAAACUAUUUCCAGACAUACCACUCUGUGAACUGAAAAGACCCAGGGAAAUAAGUCUGCUGAUAAGCCACAGAGAAGGUCAACUGGCACCUCAAAGAAUCAGAGCUGUUGGAGACCUAGUCCUAUGGGACGGACCUCUGGGGAAGACUGUUGGAGGAACUCACCCUGAUCUCUUUGAGGAUGUUACUGUGUCGGCUCACAUGUCCAAGACACAUUUUGCCUGGUCAAUGAGGGCAGCUGCUGUCAAAGACAAAGAGGUCAUUGGAAGGCAGCCUCCACCAAGCGAACAGGUUGUCGGCAGGUUUUGGAGAGACUCCGAAGAUCAAGAGCUGGAGGACUAUGCAGUCACCAGGGUAAACAUCAGAGAUAAACCUGCAGGGUGCAUCGCACAGCUAGCCAUGCAGGAGACGGCUAACCUGCCUCCUUUCACCCAACUUGAAAAGGAGCAGCAGGUACUUCAUCAGGACAGCUACGUCGAUGACAUAGUCACUUCACACAACGAUCGUGAGCAGCUGUAUACCAUCACAGAAAAUGUGAAGCAGAUCCUAAAGGCCGGAGGGUUUGAGCUCAAGCCAUGGGCGUUCUCUGGUCAAAGUGGGAGGAAGAAAUGCGGCAACAAGUUGGAAUUGGAUCAGAGGAAGACCAUGAUUCUACCGAACCAAAUGUGUGAGGAGAACAUUGGGCUACAUGGUGGAAGAGGACAAACUCCAUGUCAUGGUUGGAAAACACUUUUCCAGGAGAAAGAAAAAGAUGCCAGAGGUCAAAACCUUCUACAGGAGGAAAUCCGAGCCCAGUCACCAAAGAACUCAAACAUACUUGACUGGUGGUGGAUUCCUGAUCCACACAACAUCGCUGACAUAAUCACCAGAGGAGCAAGCCCUCAAGACCUGGACAAAAACUCAGAGUGGCAAAAUGGGCCAAAGUUUCUGAACUUGCCAGCGAACGAGUGGCCAAUCAAAUUCACUGCCAGAGAAGGCAUCAACAGGCUGCAAAAGAAGGCAUUUGUUGCUGCACUAACGAGGGCCAAGGCAGAGAAACAGGAACCACCGCAAAAGCAGAACCCAAUCCAAACAGAGAGGAGACCACCUGCAGGGUCAGCUGUCCAGAACCUGGUGGAUGUCAAGCAGUUCAAUGUGCUGAGCCGAUUGGUUAAGACAGUUGCAUGGAUCUGGAGGGCAGCAAAAAAGUUAAUCAAACCCAGUCAAUCUGUGAAAAGUGGGAGGCGGUAUCCUCUUCGGGAGUCAUUUCUGUAAAGGAGCGAGAAGAUGCCCUGCGAGACAUUUUACUGUCAGCCCAAGCAGGUGUAUCAUUCUCAAACACCACCAUAGACAGGCUCGUAGUCUACAGGGACAACAUAUCUGGGCUUUUGCUUUGUGGAGGAAGAUUCCAAGGUUUCAAAGAAGAUAAAAGUGGUGUUCCCAUCAUACCUUAUGAUUCCUGGGUGUCGAUGUUGCUGACUCGAGAGGCGCACAAUGCUUGACACGAUGGCGUGGCUGGAACCUUGCGUGUGAGAAAGAAGGCAUGGAUCAUAAGGGGAAGAAAAUUUGCUCAAAAGGUUGUUGAUGGCUGCAUAAACUGCAGAAAAGCCAAAGCAAAGAUAUGUCAACAAAUUAUGGGAGAUCUGCCAACAGAAAGAACAGAGCCUGCGUGUCCAUUUGAGUUUACAACAGUCGACCUCUUUGGACCCUAUCAUGUAAAAGAAAAGAACAACACUGAAGGUCUGGGGAGUUGUCUUCUGUUGCAUGGCCAGCAGAGCAAUCCACACAGAGCUAGUAAGCACAGUGUCGACUGAAGGGUUCCUCAUAGCAUAUCAAAGAUUUACUGCAAUCAGAGGGCACCCAAAGAAAAUCUGGUCAGACCCAGGAACCAACUUCAUUGGAGCAAAGCUGAUCUUGGAAGAGCUAUACAGGUUCCUAAACAGCCAGAACAAAGUUGCCCUGGAAGAGACAGCAGCAGGAAAUGGAACGGAAUGGAUGUGGAAAAUCCAUCCGGCUGACUCGCCACACAGGAAUGGUGCCGCAGAAGCUGCUGUGAAGAGGGCACUCCAGAGUCUUGGAGGGGGAGCUGGGCUCAGCUAUAGUGAGUUUCAAACAACCCUUAGCAUAGCGGCUAACUUGGCAAAUGAGCGCCCGAUCGAUGCCAGAGUAUAGAGCAGAGAAGACUUUAUCUGCUAUGUCACCCCAAAUACUCUCCUCCUGGGCCGAGGAUCUCAAAGCGAGGACUUCAGGACCUUCGACUUCUCAAGCUAUCCCUACAAGAGACUCCGAGCAAUGCAAGAAGAGGUAGCCAAAUUCUGGCGGAGCUGGAGCUAACCUUUUUGUCAGGAACAAAUGGCACACUUCGCAGAGAAAUGUCACUGUUGGAGACAUAGUCUGGCUGUGUGACCAGAACACGCUAAGGUCAGUUUAAGCUUGGCCGAGUCAUCAAUACUAACGUAGACAGCAAAGGGAUAGUGAGAGAUGUCAACAUCAGGAUUUUCCCAAGCUAUCCUGUCCCUGUGACAAGAGCCCAGCAGAAUACACUAAAUCUAACCUCUAAGAGGGGAAGCGAAAAGAUCCCUGCCACCAUUCUGCACAGAGACGUCCGGCGGCUGGUCGUCUUGUUACCUGCUGAAGAACAGAAAGAGUGACUAGGGUUUAUUAUUUGCCUCAAAGCAAGAGAUCUCCCAGUGUUCCAAAAGAAACAGGAAGAUCGAGUGGGAGGUGUAAAGUCAAACAGAGCCUAAGGCUUUAAUAAACAUAAAAUAAAAAACAGAUGACAAGUGGUCGAAUAUUAAUAGAUAUGGAUACAUAGAAUAACAAUAUCUUACAGUUUCUCGAUUGCUAACACCCAUUUUUUUUAAUUGCUCAGUUUCUCAGAACACUAAACACAAUUCACAAAACCACACACCCAAAGUGCAAAACUCCUAAUUUUUCCUGCUAAGUGAAGAACUGCACUCAAAACUACAUAAACACUUUCCAAAUGCAAACUUUUGCACCAAAUAUAACACACUUCAUUCAUAAUACUAGAUUGAUUGACCACCCAACUACACACUGCUGAGCAUCAUCUAAAGCGCUUCCAUCUGUUAUGGGCUAUGCUCUGUACAUAGAGGUUUCUACAGAGAAAGAUUGCUUGAGUUUACAGAAAUACAGUAAAGGAAGAAAUACAAAUGAGUUGUUGAAAAAAAGGCACAUUUUAUUCAAAAAUAACAUUGUGCAACAUGCAUCUCAGUACAUAGCUACUAUGCUUCGGAUCUCUCCAAGUGUGAUGCAUUGUUUGCCAAAACCCAGUUUGUAACUGCUGCUUCCUGUGCCUCAUUGGAAAUCCUUAGCUUCCACCUGCACCUCUUUGUUUCUCAGUCCUUCAGAUAAACAACAAAGAUAUAGUCAGGGCUGCGCAGGUGCUCGCCUAGGGCGCCAUAUCUGGGGAGAUGCUGCGCUGGCAGUUC